CUUCACUAAGGAGCAGAUGAAUCACCUUCAUGCAUUGCUGAACACUACCUCGUCCUCAUCUGGUAUUCCUACUGCCUCUAUUGCAUAUGCAGGACCAGAGUUCGGGGAAGACGAUUGGCAGUGCUAGGAUGAUUAAUGGACUCUAUUAUUUCGAAGAUAAGGCUUCUGAAAAUAAAAUUGCUCAAGGAUUUAGUAGCAUUAGUUCUCUUUCUGUUUAUGAUCAAAUAAUGGUUUGGCAUUAUAGAUUAGGCCAUCCUAGUUUUUCUUAUUUAAAACAUUUGUUUCCAGCACUAUUUAAAUCCUUUGUCUUUUCAAUGUGAAAGUUGUUUAUUGGCCAAAAGCCAACGUAAACCUUACAUUAAAUCUUUUUAUCAUCCUUCAAAACCGUUUUAUCUGUUUCAUAGUGAUGUCUGGGGACCUUCUAAGGUUACCACUAAUUCUGGGAAAAAAUGGUUUGUUACUUUUAUAGACGACCACACUCGUCUUUGUUGGGUUUAUUUAAUGAGGGAAAAGUCUGAGGUUGAACAAAUUUUUACCGAUUUUUACAAAAUGAUUGAAAAUCAGUUUCAAACAAAAAUCAGUAUUUUAAGAACUGAUAAUGGAACAGAAUACUUUAAUCACAUCUUGGGAAAUUUUUUAAAAGAAAAAGGUAUUUUGCAUCAAUCUACAUGUCCUGAUACUCCCGAACAAAAUGGAAUAGCAGAAAGAAAGAAUAAACACUUGUUAGAAGUAGCUCGUGCCAUGAUGUUUUAUAUGAAUGUUCCAAAAUAUUUAUGGGGGGACGCUGUUCUUACUGCAUCUUAUUUGAUAAAUAGAAUGCCUACUAAAGUUUUACAUUACACUACUCCUUUGAAAUGUUUCAAAAAAUUCUUUCCUACUUCUAGAAUUAAUUCAGAUUUACCAUUGAAGAUUUUUGGGAGUACUGUUUUUGUUCAUCUUCCAAAAAUGUCUAGAUCUAAGUUAGAUCCUAGAGCUGAAAAAUGUAUUUUCUUAGGCUAUCCUCCAAAUAAAAAAGGAUAUAAAUGUUUUAAUCCUAUCUCUAAACGCAUCUAUAUUACUAUGGAUGUAUCUUUUGCUGAAAAUAGUCCUUAUUUCUCAAAGAAUUUUGUUCAGGGGGAGAAUUCAGUGGUACAAAAUUUUUGGGAACUUGUUGAACCUUUACCUAAGACUAUUCUUGAUGUUUCUCUUGAGAAAACUCAACCUACAUCUAUUGAAUCCGAAUCUGAUCUUGGUUUAUCAGAAACAGAAAUGCUACGAUUGAUUAAAAAUCGUAAUGUUCUUGAGCCUGUGGUUUAUUCAAGGAAGAACAUCUGGGAAAGAAGUAGAGACCAUCCAAUCAUCCCUGCACAAGACCAAAUGGAAGCCCCGAACAAUGGUUCUUCAAGUACCCCAAGUAAUUCUUCUUCUAUUCCUAGAUCUUCUCUGUCUCCAAGUAAUAUUUUGUCUUCACAAUCUGUUUCAAGCCCUACAUCUGAAACUCUAGAUCUUCCUAUUGCUCUUAGAAAAGGAACUCGUGCUUGUACAAAGCAUCCAAUUGCCAAAUACAUCUCGUACAAUCACCUAUCAGAUAACUAUAGAGCAUUUAUUACUAAUAUUUCUGAACUUGUUGUGCCUAGAAGUAUACAGGAGGCACUAGAUGAACCGAGAUGGAAGUUGGCAGUGGAUGAAGAGAUGGAUGCUUUGAUAAAGAAUGGGACUUGGGAGAUUGUAAUGUUACCGAGGGACAAGAAGAUUGUAGGGUGUAAACGGGUGUUCACAGUAAAAUUUAAAGUUGAUGGAAGUAUUGAGAGGUUUAAAGCGAGGCUUGUGGCCAAAGGCUUUACUCAAACCUAUAGAAUAGAUUAUCAAGAGACUUUUGCACCUGUUGCAAAAAUUAAUUCUAUACGGAUUCUACUAUCUUUGGCAGUUAACUAUAAUUGGCCUUUGAACCAGUUAGACGUGAAGAAUGCUUUUCUUAAUGGAGACCUUGAAGAGGAAGUGUAUAUGAGUGUCCCACCAGGUUUCGAAAAAAAGUUUGGAGUUGGAAAAGUGUGUAAAUUGAAGAAAUCCUUGUAUGGUCUUAAACAGUCCCCUAGAGCUUGGUUUGAACGCUUUGGUAAGGUUUUGAAGAGGUUUGGUUACACUCAAAGUCAAGCAGAUCACACUAUGUUCUACAAACAUUCAGAGGAAGGAAAGGUGGCUAUUUUAAUUGUGUAUGUAGAUGAUAUUGUGAUAACUGGGGAUGACAUUGAUGAACAAGAGAGAUUAAAAAGAAGAUUUGGUGAGGAAUUCGAAAUUAAAGACUUGGGUCCUUUGAAAUACUUCCUUGGAAUGGAAUUUGCAAGGUCCAAAGAAGGCAUUUUUGUAAGUCAGCGUAAGUAUGUGCUUGAUUUACUUAAUGAGACAGGUAUGAUGGGUUGCAAACCUGCUGAAACACCUAGUGAACCUAAUGUUAAACUACAGGCUGUUGAAGACUUGAAAAGUGUGAAGGACAAAGAGCUUUAUCAACGAUUAGUUGAGAGACUGAUUAAUUUGUCUCAUACACGACCUGACAUAGCUUUCUCAGUGAGUAUGGUAAGUCAGUUCAUGCAUUCACCUGGUUCAAGACCUCGAGGGCAUCUAGAGAUUGAAGCCUACACUGAUGCAGAUUGGGCUGGAAGCACUGUAGAUAGAAGAUCUACAUCAGGCUACUGUUCAUAUGUUGGAGGUAAUUUGGUCACUUGGCAAAGCAAGAAACAAAGUGUGGUAGCUAGAAGCAGUGCUGAAGCUGAAUUUAGAUCUGUCGCUCAUGGAAUUUGUGAAAUUAUUUGGAUAAAAAGGCUGCUUGAAGAGCUGAAGUCAUCACAAUCAUCUCCUAUGAAGUUAUAUUGUGACAACAAGGCAGCAAUUGCAAUUGCUCAUAAUCCUGUACUUCAUGAUCGCACAAAGCAUGUUGAAGUAGAUAAGCAUUUUACUAAGGAGAAAAUUGAGAGCGGUCAAGUGUGUAUGCCUUAUGUUUCUAGUGAAGAUCAGGUGGCGGAUAUUUUCACAAAAGGAUUGUGUAAAAAACAAUUUGAUUUUCUGACUAGCAAGCUGGCUAUGGAGAACAUUUUUAGCCCAGCUUGA